AUGUCUGGGUUUGAAAUCGCUGGUGUGGUGCUUGGAUUGUUUCCAAUUGUCUGCGAUGCUGCUAAAGACUUGAGAGGGGUUGUGAAGGAUGCUCAGUCCUGGUGGCAGUUCCAGACCUCGUUUGACGACUUCAUCGCACGACUUUACACAGAGCGUGUAUACUUCGAUCAGGCCAUUGUUGCUCUGUUGGAUCCGCUUCAGGAGCUUUCAAAUCAGGAUCUGGAAGUUCUUCGAUACAACACGAAUCCGAGCCUCUGGCAUGAUCUCCGCAUUCAGGCAAUGCUCGCCAACAGGAUUGACCCCUCUCAUCUUUCAUGGUUCAUGAGACAAUUAAAGGAUAUCAUCGACGCCUUGAAGGAGCUAAGUAAUAUGCUGCCGUUUGAAAGGGUAAGAGUUCCAUCCAUGAAAGGUGGAAAACUGUUAACGGAGUGA